CGCGCGCACACACACACACACACAGUGUGUGACCCCGUUGACUUACUAUUGUCAUCGUAUUUGGUCAACAAAUCCUAAUAUAAUACAUUCACAAAUUACUCACUGGAGAAAAGGAUUCAAAAAAAUCAUCUGGGGACUGGGGAGAUUCGGCUAUAAAUAUCACAGGAUAUUCAGAUUCUUCCUUCCUUACCGCAGCCCCCCACAUUCAGUUCUUCCACCCCUUCCUCUAUUUUCCCAAUUCAAAAACAAAUAGUACUCUUUUAUUCUCCAACCCCUAAAACAUACUUCUCCGGUCAUCGGAUUUCUCCUCCGACCGGACGACAACCUUCUGGUGUCGUCGUCAACCUCCAUAAUUUAUUCACUCUCGCUCUCUCUUUCCUCAGGUGGGUUUUUUUUUUUUUUUUUUAAUUCUCUUUCAUUUUUUUCUAUUUUGUUGGGUUUAUGAUACAUAGUUUUUUUCUUUGUUUUUUGGGGGAGGGUUCCGGGGAAAACGAAAUUUUGAUCGUCCUUUUCGUUUGACUGGUACCGGAUUUAGCCGAAUUUCCGUCCACAUCGUUAGGAAUGCAAUAAGAAAAGAAGAAAAAAACCAAAUCAAAUUAUAUACAUGCUGACGGCGUGUUUGGAUUGACUAUUGUAUUUUCACAUUCUCAUUGAUCAUAACACACACACACACACAAAAAGAAGCUGUCUUUGUCGAAAUCAUCGUAGCGUAAGGUCAAUGAACUAAGAACCUAUACAAUUUUUUUAAUCUAAUCAUUCCAAUCAUCAGUACCUUGUUGGUUUUUUUACGUUAAAUACUAUUUAUUGCUUUCAUCAUCACCAUCAUCAUAGAUUCAGUCACAGUUCACUCACCUCUCUGUUUUCCCCCUGUUUUUUCCCCUGUUUCAGAUUUACCCAAAAAAAAAAAACAAAAACUGAAUGAGAUUAAUAUUCCAAAAAAACCCAAUUAUCUGAUCUGAAAAUUAUUUUGUUUAGGGAGGCAGAAAGGGAUUUUUAAACCAAUGGGGACGGCAGUUGAAGAGUCGUCGUCGGGAAUAAGGAGAAGAGGUUGUUCGUUUCAGAAGAACGAUUUCCUGCCGGAGGAAUCGUUCAAAUCGUUCGGGAAUUAUGUGAAUGCGCUGAAACAAACCCCGACCCGGCUCGUGGACCGGGUACUGACCCGGUCUAAGGACGCGGCGGAGAUUGCGGUCAAGAACCGGAGCUCCAACGAGAUGAAGCGGACGCUCUCCUGGUGGGACCUCAUGUGGUUCGGCAUGGGAGCAGUCAUCGGCGCCGGAAUCUUCGUCCUCACCGGCCUCGAGGCUCAGCAAGAUGCCGGUCCGGCCGUGGUUCUCUCUUACGUCGUUUCCGGUAUUUCCGCCAUGCUUUCCGUUUUCUGUUACACCGAGUUCGCCGUGGAGAUUCCCGUUGCUGGCGGUUCGUUUGCCUACCUGAGGGUGGAGCUCGGAGACUUUGUGGCUUUUGUCGCCGCCGGAAACAUUAUACUCGAGUACGUCAUUGGCGGUGCUGCGGUGGCCAGGGCAUGGACAUCAUACCUCGCAACUCUCAUCGGAAAGCAUCCCGAGCAACUCCGCCAUCACGUCAGCAGCCUGUCAAAAGACUACAGCGACCUUGACCCCAUCGCGGUGGGUAUAUGCAUCGUCAUCUGUCUGGUUGCGGUGUUCAGCACCAAGGGGUCAUCCCGCCUGAACUACAUUGCCUCCGUUGUCCACAUUGUCGUCAUCUUCUUCAUCAUCAUCGCCGGUCUUUGCAAAGCCGACACCAAGAACUACACCCCCUUCACACCCUAUGGCGCUCGCGGCAUCUUCAAGGCGUCAGCGGUGCUGUUCUUCGCGUAUGUCGGCUUUGAUGCUGUCUCCACAUUGGCUGAGGAGACCAAGAAUCCGGGGCGAGAUAUCCCCAUUGGUCUUGUCGGAUCGAUGGUUGUGACGACUACUUUGUACUGCUUGCUGGCGAUCACGCUGUGCCUUAUGGUGCCGUACGCGCGCAUUGAUGCAGAUGCUCCUUUUUCGGUCGCAUUUAAAGAGGUAGGCUGGUCUUGGGCUCAGUAUCUCGUUGCGGCGGGAGCUUUGAAAGGGAUGACUUCGGUCUUGCUCGUCGGCGCUGUUGGCCAGGCGCGUUACCUGACGCACAUUGCUCGCACCCACAUGAUGCCGCCUUGGUUUGCCAUUGUCGACGCCAAGACCGGAACGCCCGUGAACGCCACCAUUGUGAUGAUGACCUGUACGGCCGUGAUCGCCUUCUUCACCAAGCUCUCCGUGCUCUCCAAUCUCCUCUCCAUAUCCACGCUGUUCAUCUUUAUGCUCGUGGCUGUCGCGCUUCUGGUGCGACGGUACUAUGUCAGCGGGGUCACAACCAACGGAAAUCGCAACAAGCUGAUUGGAUUCCUUGUGGCCAUCCUUGGUUCAGCUAUUGCGACUGCUACAUAUUGGGGCCUAAGUGCCAAUGGUUGGAUCGGUUACUGUAUCACUGUUCCGAUUUGGUUCGUGGCGACUUGUGGAUUGGCGUUUUUGGUACCGCAAGCGCAUAAACCGAAGCUCUGGGGAGUUCCGUUGGUGCCUUGGUUGCCAUCAGCGUCUAUAUUCAUCAACAUUUUCCUGCUCGGAUCGAUUGAUCGUAAAUCGUUCAUUAGGUUUGGGGCAUGGACUGGAUUCUUGUUGCUCUACUAUUUCUUCUUCGGGCUUCACGCGUCUUAUGACACCGCCAAGGAAUUCGAAGGUGAACUGAAAACCAUUGAAGCUGAUGCAAAAUUGCAGAAGGUUGAGGAAGGGGUUCCUUCAGAAACAACCAAAUGAGAGAGAGAGUGUGUGUGAUUGUAGAAAAGUAGUUUUAACAUUUUAGUAGUUUGGAGUAUAUUGCUAAAGUUAUAAACAUUUAAUUAAAAAGGGAAAAAAAAUGUGUGCAGGUUUUUAGUCUUUGGGUUAUUUCCAUGUCUGGAAACGAUUCAGUAUUUAAUGAAGGAAAGAAAAAAGUUUGAUUUAGUUGUUGAUGAUAUUAUUAAUGAUAGCCAUCUGCAUGCAUUUGGAAUCUUGUUAUCCCUUCUUGACUUAUUUAGAUGGCAAAGGAUAUCAUACACUGUAAU